GCAUGCGCGGAGCCGCCGUUGCCGGCGGGGGAAGAUGGCGGCGGAGCGCUGAGGGACGGGACGGGAGAGGUGGAACCGACCCGACCCCCCCGCCGCACCAGCGACUCCCAUGGCCCGGGGCCGGCCCGGCAGCCGCGUCCCCGCUGCGCCUGCUCGGGCCGCCACAGCACCCGGGCCCCGCUGAGCGCCCAGGCCUGACUCGCGGGGCCUGACCCAUCGCCACCCCGAGGCGUCUGCGCCGGGCCGGGGCCGGGGAACCGGGACAGAGACGGCGGCCGCCCGGGCCCAGGCACCCCGCCGAGCAGCAGCGGCCGCUCUGGGCCCGGCCCAGCCGCCAGGAUGUCCGACAACCAGCCGAACGCCAACAACCACCACCCGGCCAACAACACCGGGGCCGCCGGCGGCAACAACCGGGGCGUCCGCAACCCCAACCUCAACCAGAACCCCCUGAUCAACGUGCGCGACCGCCUCUUCCACGCGCUGUUCUUCAAGAUGGCAGUGACCUACGCGCGCCUCUUCCCGCCCUCCUUCCGCCGCGUCUUCGAGUUCUUCGUCCUCCUCAAGGCUCUCUUCGUGCUCUUCAUCCUGGCCUACAUCCACAUCGCCUUCUCCCGCUCGCCCAUCAACUGCCUGGAGCACGUGCGGGACAAGUGGCCCCGCGACGGGAUCCUGCGGGUGGAGAUCCAGCGCAACUCCAGCCGGGCCCCCGUCUUCCUGCAGUUCUGCGGCGGAGAGAAGUUCCCGGGAAUGGUGGUUGAGUCCGCGGCUGAGGAGGAGGAGGAAGAAGAGGAAGAAAUGACUGUGGAUAUGUUUGAAAACAGCUCUAUCAAGUUUGAGCUGGAUAUCGAGCCCAAGGUGUUCCUCAAGCCGUCCCGGGUGAGCAGCACUGAGCUGCCCCACAACGACAGCCAGGAGUUCUCGUUUAGUGACACAGCCACUAAAGUGUGGCCACAGGAGGAGUACAUUGUGGAGUACUCGCUGGAAUACGGCUUCCUGCGCCUGUCCCAGAGCACACGGCAGCGCCUCAGCAUCCCAGUCAUGGUGGUGACCCUGGACCCUACGAGGGAUCAGUGCUUUGGGGACAGGUUCAGCCGCCUGCUGCUGGACGAGUUCCUGGGCUAUGAUGACAUCCUGAUGUCAAGUGUCAAAGCUUUAGCUGAAAACGAGGAAAACAAAGGUUUCCUUCGCAAUGUGGUGUCUGGGGAGCACUAUCGCUUCGUCAGCAUGUGGAUGGCCAGGACGUCCUACCUGGCAGCCUUUGUCAUCAUGGUCAUCUUCACUCUGUCUGUCUCGAUGCUGUUGCGCUACUCACACCAUCAGAUCUUUGUCUUCAUUGUUGACCUGUUACAGAUGCUGGAGAUGAACAUGACCAUUGCGUUCCCUGCGGCUCCGCUCCUCACUGUCAUCCUGGCUCUGGUUGGUAUGGAGGCCAUAAUGUCCGAGUUCUUCAAUGACACCACGACCGCGUUCUACAUCAUCCUCAUCGUGUGGCUGGCGGACCAGUACGACGCAAUCUGCUGCCACACCAACACCAGCAAGAGGCACUGGCUCAGGUUUUUCUAUCUGUACCACUUUGCCUUCUAUGCCUACCACUACCGCUUCAACGGGCAGUACAGCAGCCUGGCACUGGUCACCUCCUGGCUCUUCAUCCAGCACUCGAUGAUUUAUUUCUUCCACCACUACGAGCUGCCAGCCAUCCUGCAGCAGAUCCGGAUCCAGGAGAUGCUGCUGCAGAACCAGCAGGUCGGGCAGGGCACCCAGACCACGCUGCAGGACAACCUCAACAACAACACCACGGCCGCCCCCGUCGAGGUGGGGGGUCGCCGAGCCCCCCUGGCCACCGGGCCCCCCGGGGAGGGCAGCGGCCCGGCCGCCCUGACCCCCGGCGAGGCCUCCAGCGUCAUCGCCGCCGCCGCCUCCGUGGGCAGCGACCUGAACUGGGUGGCCGAGACGGCCGCUAUCGUGACAGAGGCCUCGUUCCUGUCCGACCUGAGCACGACCCUCCUGGAGCCCGCCGUGGUGCACGAAGCCGUGGCCAACGGGACCCCUCAGGAGGCGACCACGGCCUCUGGUUUGGUCGCCCGCAUCAGGGUCAGCAGUGACCGCCCAGAGACGGCCGUGGGCUCCAUCACCAUCGAGGUCACCUCGACGUCCGUGGUGGCUGCAGCAGAUGCUCCCCCUGCUGUGGGGGCUGCGCCCCUCGUCCCGCCACAGGAAGGGGGGGCCCCUGUCCUCAGCCCCUCCCUUCCCAAGCAGACUGAGGCUCUCGAGGGCUCAGACAGCCGAGCAAAACCCGGUGGCAAGAACUGCGUGGGCAGCAGCAGCAGCAGCGUGGCAGAGCCCCCUCCAGCCUCAGGGGGGGACAGUGACCAGGACAGAGGUUUGGAGGACCGGGGGGAGAGCAGCCCCUGCCCAGCACCAGCGGAGAGAACGCCCAGCUCAGAGCCAGGCUCCAGGAACCUGUCCUGAGCCCCGUUCGAUCCCUCUGGACUGCCAGGAAGGCAUUUGGAUUUCGUUUGUUACUAUUUCUCACUUCACCAUCAUCCUUAACCCAUGGAUCCCUCUGAGCGGAGCCAGAGCAGCAGGGGCAGAGCAGGGCUGUGGUGACCUCCCUUCCCUGGGAAAGGCACAAGGGGCUGCGGGGAGGUUGGGGGGUUUGGUCCCCUGGCCCACACAGCUCCAGGGCUCCUCCAAGGCCACAUGGGAGCCUGCUCCUGCCCCAUGUCAGCUUGUGCCCCAGCUUUUUCUUGCCCCCCAACCCCGGGCUUCACCCCUGCAGCCGUGUUUGCAGUCCAGGUGCAGGUCCCAACUCUCAGGUGGGAGCUGACCUGGGACAGGCCACAGCACGUGGCAGCUCUGUGGUGAGAGUAGGAGCUGAUAGAACAGGCAGAGCAUGUCCAGCCCCCAUGGGAGAGCCACAGAGAGGAGGGUCCUGGUCACCUUUCCUGCUCCUGAGGGGAGGAGCAGCUGAGACCUUCCGUGGGUGUGAGGUCUGCACACGGCUGGGCAACAACCAAAGCAGAAGCUGCAAUUCAGUUCCUUUUUUUCUGCCCUUGAAUUUCCCUCGGUGGGUGGGGUGGGGUGUGGAAGGUGCUGUGUCCGGGGGGGAGCUGCCAUCUCAGGAGCCACGAGUGAUGCCUGGAGGGAGCUGUGCUGCAGCGUGGGUGUCUGUGGAGAGGUGUGGGGCAAGAGCAGCAGCUCUGUCCUGCACAGCUCUGUCCUGCACAGCUCUGCUCUGGGUGAGGCAGCUGCUUUCCAGUGCCUUGUCCCUCCCGUGGACCACAUCUGCGUUUAGGAUCAGCCCCAUCCCAGACGAGAGAGCAGCUUCUCACCCCUGGACUCUUGCAUGAGCUGGUUUAGCAAAGAACCAAAACACUAAAGCCAAGACAUUUCAGCUGAUUUUCCCCUGUUUCCCUGCAGUGGAGGUGAGGCUGGCAGGUCCCAACCCCUGUGCCAUGGAGCUGAGCUGGGGAGCUGCAUCGAGACCUCUGUGGAGGGGUCGGACCCAGCAGGAUGUGCUGGAAGGAGGGUUUGUGCACGGGGUGGAGCAGGGCGAGGCAGGAUGAAGCUCUGGGAGAACCAUGGUGGGACAGGGUAGGGACACGUGGGCACUUGUCUCUUGGGGACAGCUGGGUCCCUGUACAGGUGUCCCCAAAUUCAGGGCUGUCUCCCUAUGGCAAAGCAGCAUCUUCAGUCUCCCUCGGAGGGCUCGGUGCGUUUCAAUGUUUCCUUGUCAGCGCGGGGGGCUCAGAGCCCCCUGUUCACCCCUCUGCUUUUCCCACCUGGGUGCUCCCACUUUGUCUUUCCCUUUUGCCUGGAGCAGCCCUGGUGCUGCCCUGGAGCUGGGGGGACUCUGCUGUGACCAGCAGGUCCAAUCCUGCUGCUGCCAGCACUGCUGGGAAGGGGCCUCGUGGCCAACUGAGCCCAGCCUCUGGAGCGCCAGGAAUGACUGUAGGCUUUUCAGAGGAGUGGGUGGGUGGGAGGGGAAGGGGGGACACCAAACCAAAUGAUUUGAUGAAUGAAAAGUAGAGUUCAUUCUAUUUAAUUAAUGUACAAAAUGUGUUUGUAUAUAAUAAUAAAUAUUAUCUCUAACAGCU